AUGUCUAUCAGUUGGGGAGCGCAAUAUCCAAAGCUGAAGACCAAUCUUCGGCUUGCAAUUAACCGUUUGAAACUCAUGGGUAAGAAGAAAACAGAGAUGGCACUGAAGGCUCGCACGGAAAUUGCUGAAUAUAUAGCAGCAAACAAAGCCGAUCGCGCUCGGAUACGAGUUGAGCACAUCAUUCGCGAAGAUUACCUUGUUGAAGCAUUUGAAAUACUUGAAAUGUACUGUGAUCUUCUCCUCGCUAGAUUUGGACUCAUAGAACAGAUGAAAACGCUAGAUGAUGGUAUUGCCGAAGCGGUCAUUAGCAUCAUGUGGGCAGCCCCAAGACUUGCAACCGACAUCGCUGAAUUUAAGGUAAGCAAUAUUAACCAUCUUUGA